AUGGAAAAUGAAUGUAAUGAUAAAAACCAAAACACAAAAGCAUCAACAUCAAUAUUUAAAAAAAAGAAAAAUGGAAUAAAAGAAGUUACAAGAAAAUGCCUUAACUUGAUAGAUAUAAAGUAUAAUAAUUUAACGACCCUAAUAGGUCGUAAUAAUAAUAAUAAUAAUAAUAAUAACCAUACUAGUACAAAUACUCCAAAUAAUAAUUCUAAUAAUAAUAAUUCUAAUAAUAAUAGCUGUCGUAGUAGUUCUAGCUUUAAUAAUAAAACCAACGAUGUGUUAACAAAUUAUCAGUUUAGUGAUGAUGAAAUAAAAUUUUCUUCUGAUGAGAAUUCUAGUAAUGAUAAUUAUUUUUUAGAAAGUUCAUAUACAACCAAUGAUUUUAAAAAUUUAUUAGGAUGGAUACCAAGAAAUUUAAAAAUAUCAGAAUGUACUAAUAUUGAUUCAAUUCCAUGCGCUUUUUUUUUCUCAAAUAAUAAUCAAACUAGGAAGAGUGACAAAAUUAUUUUAUAUUUACAUAAAUUUAAUGAAGAUCUUGGUACUAUUAUUCCAACUAUUAAUGCUCUACAUAAAAAAUUAAAUAUUAAUAUAAUUGCUAUGGAAUAUUCAGGAUAUGGAGUAAGUUUUGAUAAAUAUGAACAAAAAUUAGUAUCCAUAGUUAAUGAUGCCUUUACUAUAUUAAAAUUUAUUAUGAAUCAUUUAAAAAUAUCAUAUAAUAAUAUAUGUAUUUUAUGUUAUGAAUUCUUGACUAGCUGUGCUAUUGAAGUAGUUAAUCGUUUUGAAAACACAUACGGAAAAAAUAAGCCAUUUGGAGGUCUUAUACUUAUCAAACCAAAAUUUUUAAAUAUCAUUAAUAAUAUAACAAUUAUAGAUAAUGAAAAUUAUGAUGAUAUCACCUUAACAGAUACUGCUAUUGAUGAUAUUAUAAUCAAUAAAAAUUUUAUGCAUCAAUUCUCACCCAAUCAAAAUUUAGAUGAAGAUGUACCCAUCGAACGUAAACAAACAGAAACAGAUGAUUCAACAUAUAAAAAAAAAGUACCUAAAAAGAAAAAAAUGAAAAAGAAAAAUAUAAAAGCAAAGGAAAAUAAACAAAACAUACCAAAGCAAGAACAAAAUAAUAAUAGUAAUAAUAAUAAUAGUAAUAGUAAUAAUAAUUGUAAUAAUAGAAUGAACAAAAUAAGGAAUAAAUUCUUCAGAAGGAAAAAUAAUAAAAAUGAAUUAUAUGAUAAUAAAAAUACAAACGAUAAUACACAAAACACUUGUGAUUAUUAUAAAGAAUAUAAUGGAAUAAUUACAUGUGACAUGUCCUUAUUUUAUAAUAGCGAUUAUAAAUACAUUUUAACACAAGAUAAUGAUAUACCAUAUCAAUUAAUGAAAAGAAUUCUAAAAGAUACUUUUGAUAUUAAUCAUAUUAAAAAUACAAUUAAAUCUAUAUCGUGUCCAAUUUUAAUAUUUCACCCAGAACAUUAUUCAUAUAAAAAUUCUUCUUCUAAUAUUAUUUUAAAUGAUGCUACUGAAUGUUAUAAAAAAGCUGCAUUUGCUUUUGAUUUUAUGAAUGAGGAUUUUAUUACGUCCUUCAACUGGUUUUUCUCACAAGAAUCAGAUAUACAAAAUAAAGAUAAGUUAUUUAAAAACUUGUUAUAUUUGUAUAUACAUCCUAUGUAUAAUAAUAUAAAUUCUAAUGAUUAUAAGAUAAAGAAUGAAACCGAUCAGGAAAAUAAUCAUAAUAAUUAUAAUGAUAUUAUAUCAGCAAAUUCACAAAACAAUUUUAAUGAUAAAUAUAUAAAUAAUGAUAACCAUUUAAAUAGCACUCAACAAGCCAACAACAAUUCAUUUAACACCAAAAAAGAUGUUACAAAUGAUAUACAAAAUGAUAUUAAAAAUUAUAUAAAUAUACCAAAUGAAAUUUUUAUAUGUCCUGAAAUAAAUCAAAAAUAA